AUGCGAUGGCGGCGACUACAAUGGAUUGAUCCCAUAAUUCCUAGGUCUGAUAACGACCUGACCAAAGCUGCCUUGGCACCUCCUCCCUGCCGGAACUGGCACUGUCUAUACGGUGAGAAGCUGAAAACAUGGCUAGAUCCGAUGCGCAAGGACACUGAAAACCUUAGUCUGCCAAUGGAAGUCAAGCUGGAUCACAACCUGCCCUGA